CUGUUAUCCUGCUUAAAGGGAACCUGUCAAAUUUGGUUUUGGCCUAUAGUAUAGUGUUCUUGGCAGAAAUUUAACCCUGAACACUCAUACUGCAAAGUCACAGUGCUAACUACUAUGAAGACAUGCUUCUGUGCCACAUCCAGGGGCGGAGUGACAACUCAUGGGGCCCCCGGCAAUAGGGGAUCAUGGGGCCCCUGUGUCCUUGCCCAAACUCAAAAAAGCCUAUGAAAAAGGUACCAGGGGCAUCUCAUGGGGCCCCCUACUGACCCCGGGCCCUCAGGCAAUG